AGAGCUUUAACGGACGACGAGGAGUUACGCUCAGGCUGUAAGUACGAACGAACGCGUCAACCGAGUGUCGUGUGAUGUGCUUUCGGUAGUGAAUAUAUUUUUCUUCCAGGGGGCUCGAUGGAUCUUAGAUGGAUUUUGAUUAUCGCCCUGCUUAGCGUCAGAGGUAAUUCUAUAAUACUAUUAUUGUUAUUAUUAUUAUUAUUAUAUUUAUUAUUAGUAUUUUUGUAAUAAUUUUUACAAGAAGGUAAUACCCCCCUUGUAUUAUAAUACAGCUGUUGUGUUUGUCGUAUUAUUACGAUUAUUAUUAUGGAAAAUAUAUAUAUUUUUUUUAUUUGCGUGAAAAUAUUAUCGCGUGUAUAUACCUGCUGCAGCGUACCGAUGAUUUGUGAGCUUUUUAAUGGGACAUUUUUUUUUUUUUUAAUAUUAUUAUUAUUAUAUUAAAAAACAUUAAGCGCGUAUAGUAUAUAAAUGUGUAAGUAUGUAUAUGUGUAUUCGUUGAUUCCCCUAAAUAAUAUAUCAUUUAAACGACGCCGUUUAGGGCCGCCAUUUAUGCGGGGGCUGUAUAUUAUAAUUGGAACAUGACUAAAAGCCCGUAAAUACUGCAGCACCGUCGGCGUAAAAAUAGCGUAUACCGCUUGGAAAAUAGUAUCGAAACGGUUUCAAGAAAGUGUACACCUAUAAAUAAAAAUUUAAAAAUGUCAUCCUUUUUGCGGUAUCUGAACGCCGAUAUUGCACUAUUAAUUUACCUACUGCAUUAACGUUAAAAAUUUGCAUGGCCUCGAAUCGUACAAUAAUAUCUUAAAAUAUCAAAACAGUUUGCGACAGUAUUAUAAAAAUACGAUAACUGCGCUCGUUUUAUACGGGUCAAUAUUAUUAUUAUUAUUAUAACCAUCACUACUAUUUUUUUUUUCACGACAUAUUAUACACGAUGAAAAAUUAUAAUACGUAUUAUCCAAACCAUGAAUUUAACAUAGUGGGGGAGGGGUGUUUUUUAAUGUUAUUACAAUCUUAAUUAUAUAUUAUUAUGCAUACGGGUAUACUCAGGACCUUAACCAAUAGGCUGAAUGUGGUGUAGCCUAUAGCGCCAACCGGCCAAUGUUAAAUAAGGGGGUUGAUGUUUUUAAUUUAUUUAUUUCAAAAACCGGGUAGCUCUAUAUAUCAAUGAGCAUGGGCGUAGCGGCCUUUUUUUAUGGUAUGCAAGAAUUUAUAGAGAAUGGUUGUUUACGAAAAUUUGGAGAUGAGCAAAAAAAAAAGUCAUCGCCAAAUCCAUUCCAGCUUACUGAAUGAAAAACCUGUUCACCAGGCCCUGGGUAUACUAAUGCGCGAUUCGUUAUAAAAGCUCAACUUACGGGUUGGCAUUUAAAUAGUCGAUGUAUAAUUUACCAAUAUUAUUGUUUUGACGGAAAUAUUAUAAUAUUAUAGUGGUUUUUGAAAUCAUUUUCAAGACCACCGUGACACACGAUUUUCCCGUUUAACAGUAGUUAAAUAGUAAUACGAAAAAAAAUGUCCUAUUUUGUUCAUCGGAAAAAGCCGUUUUUCGUAAAAUUGGAAACGCCUAUGCUUACGGCAGUCUCGCCGGUCGCGACAUUUCUAUUUCGGUAGGGGCAUUAGGUUAUGUUGUGUAUUAAUAGUGUACCGACAGAACACAACUGGGACACUCUGGUUGCAAUUUUCUAUUUUUAUAUUACCAGCGACCGUCUGGGAUUUUUUUUUUUUUUAUUAAAUACUCUCCCGCACACGAUUACUUUAUAUCAAUCAUUAUUAUUUUUGUUUUGUCGAAUUUUUCUGCUUACUUACUUUUUUAUGUCAUUACCUAUUGCAUAAUAAUUUGUCUGUCUUACGUCAAUUUUUAUACGAGCAUGUAUAUUAUAAUAAUAUAUAUUUAUUUUAUUUUUCACCUACCUACUGUGGCCGUGUCCGUCAAGCUAAUCUCCUGACUCUAAAAUUAGAAUCAUUUAUUAUUUUCAUUAUUCAAUUUUACUUCGUCACUGAUUUUGGUUUAGAUACAUUUUGUGAGCCUUUUGCCAGUGUACCGUCGGCGUCUAUAGCUCCAUCAGAGGUGGACUGUCAACCAUACGUAGAGAAAGCCAUCAAAGAAUUAGUUACUUCAGAACCUAUUGGUAGUUAGAUAUAUAUAUUUAAAAUUUUUAAACUUCGAUACAUAUUAUAUUCAGGAAGUGUAUCAUAUUCAGGAAGUACAGAAAAUCACCAAACCGUCCAAAAUGAAAGCCCCACAAGUGGAAGCACUCCAAAUGAUGAUGUUACAGGCUCGAGUUCUCAAGAUGGUAAUUCUCCGGAUGAUAGCAGACCGAGUACACCGCCCCAACCGGUAAACAAAUAAUUUAAAUAUUUAGAAUACGGCUAGUAAUCUAAAAGUAAUUUUUAUUUUUGUAUAAUUUUUAGGAAAAGUUCGAAAAAAAAGAAGAGACAACCGGAAGCGAAAUAAAUUUAAAUGAUGUUGUUGUUACAAACAUAAAUGAACAAAACAAUGUAACAAAUGAAGAAGUUCACCCAAGUGAGGUAGUUGAAGAUAGCCAAUCAAAUAAAACUGAAGAAGAAGAUGAAAUUGCAAUCGUUAGUGAAGAAGAUGAAAUUUCGGAAAACAUUAGUAGUGUCGAUGAAAAGGAAGUAAUAGAACCAAUAACAGAAACUUUACCAAUUAUUUUAGACAAAGAUCUGGUUAAGGAUAACAUUCAAAUUACAAUUGAUAUUGGUGAUAUAUCAAUUAAAAAUAAUGGGAACCUAAAAGAAUCAAGUUUACCAGAGAUAAAGAUAGAAGAAAAAGUAGACAUCACUAAAACAAAUACAGAACCUCCUAAGCAGAUCUUUAAGGGAACAAAGAAAAGGAAUUCGAAAUAUUGGAAGUUUGAUCCGGAUGAUGAAUCUGAAAAUUCAGCACCCAUUGUAAAAGCGAAACCAAAAAGAAAUCUAAAAUAUUGGAAAAUCGAUCCGGAUGAAAUUCUUCUUGAAGAAGCGCCAAAACCAGUAGAAACUCCAAAAAGGCGUAAUCCUAAAUAUUGGAAAAUCGACCCGGAAGAAGAAAAAUUGUAUAACCAAGCAGAGGCCAAUAAAAAAGAAGAAAAUAUAAAACCAGUGAAGAGUAAAAGAAAUCCUAAGUAUUGGAAGUUCGACCCAGACGAAGAAGAAACAAAAAAGUCCGAUGAUACGAAUGAAGUGAGACUUACAGAACCUGCAGCAAAUGAAAAGAUCUCUGAGCAAAGUACGAAAGAAGUUUUUAAAGGAACAAAAAAACGGAAUCCAAAAUAUUGGAAGUUUGAUCCGGAUGAAUUUGUAACUCAAGAUGAAAUAAAAAAAGAACCAGAAACAAAAAAAAAACGAAAUCCCAAAUACUGGAAGUUUGAUCCAGAUGAAGAUCUAGACAAACCUGAAAAACAGGAAGUAGAAAAGAAAGAGGAAAAAGUUGGAAAAAAAAGUAAGUAUUGGAAAAUAGAUGAAACGGUGAAAGAUACGGUCGAAGAUUCGAAAAUAAUUGUUGAAAAAGAAGAAGAGAAACCAAAAAAGAAUAAGUAUUGGAAAAUAGAAGAACCCUCUAACGACAUUAAAAUAGAGAAAAAGGAAGAAGUAGUAGCAAAGACUACCCAAUAUAAGAAAACUGAACCAGUUGAAAAUAUAGUAACCAAACAAGAGGAACCAACAACGAAGAAGAAUAAAUACUGGAAAACAGAAGAAACGGAAAAACCAAAAGAAGAAGUGAAAGAGGAGGAUAUAAAAAAAAAGAAUAAAUAUUGGAAAACAGACGAAAAACCCGCAGAUCCAAUUCAAGAAAAAAUUAUAGAAACUCAAAGAGAUAUGUACUGGAAACUGGACGAAGAAGCAAAGUCAUCGAAAUUAGAGAAACCUGCUACUGAAGAAAAAGCAACUAAAACAAAAGCAGGUAAAUUAUAAGUGCAUAUUAUACAAUGACUAUUAAUAAGAAUUUUUUUUAUUGUUUUUUUUUCUCUUUUUGAACAAAUAGUUGUCGAAGAAGAUACAUCACUAGAUGAAGACUUGACAAUGGUAAUACAAAUACAUUUAAUUUAAUAACAUAUAGGUAUAUCACAAAAAAAAAUAAUAAGAAUAUUGCAAUAAUAUAACUCUGAAUAUCUAUAUAUUUGAAGUAAUCUUAAAUUUAAAAAAAAAAGACGGACAUACUUCGCACAUGAUUUGACCCCUGUUGUAGGUGUUGGGAAAGUAGAGGGAAAAUUUAAUGUAUAUCUGUACGCAACGCUUAACCAUUGCUAAGGAAAAAACGAUUCUGAGUGGAGUUCGAUUAAUAGUGUUGCUUUGUCAAAAAUAUAUAUAUAUAUAUAUAUAUAUAUAUAUAUAUAUUAUGCAUUAUACAUUUUCUUUAAUAAUAUUUGUUUAAUAUUGCACCUACUUUCCCAUUUUUCGAUGUUUUUCUCGUUUAUUAUAGAAACAGUUGAGAAAAUCAAAAAAUCACCUUCUUAAAAUACCACCUCAGUCAGAUUUCUUUUCAGAAAAAGUGCUAUCAUUGAAAACCGGAGCAAUAUUGCUGGUAGAAAAGUUGUCCACAGAAAAAAUAAAUAUACUUCAUUUUAAAACCAAUACAUUUCUCGCUUCACUCAGAAUCUAAAAAAGAUAAUACUGCUGAUGGGUGCGCCACUGUUUUAGGUGGAAAUUGGAAAGGUAGGAUAUAUAAAGUUAUUCAAUGCAUAUCUGUAAACAACGAUAAGCCAUUGUUAACCAAAAACAAUUCUGAGCGAAGUUCGUUAACACGUGAUUUAAAAGGCCAUAAUUUCUACGAUUUUCAUUAAAAUUUAAUUUUAAAACCAUUAUAAAAAGAACUACUAUAUUACUUCAACUUUUUUUUACCAAUAAAUACAACUUAAAAUGAACCUCGUGUUAAAUAUUUAAAUCAUUUAUGCUUGGUUCAAUAAUUUUAUUCACUAAGUACCUACCUAUGAAAAAUUGUCUAAAACCUAGAAAAUGUAAAAUGCCUAUAAAUUGCUCAAAAAUAACUUCAAAAUAUUUUGAAUAUUUUAUCGUAACUAGAAAAAAUCACUAUAAGUUUUCUGUCAGAAUGUCUAGUUUCUACAAAUAUUUUUAAACGAAUUACAACAAAAAAUAAAAUUGAAACCAUGAUUUCCGUAAAAUUGCUAAUUCUUUCUACGUUCUUCUCCAGUUGUGCUUAAUUAUUAAAAAUAACUACCCGGAAAAUUCGUUUGGUAUCUUACUACUCACCGACUAGAUUGAAAAUAAAAUAAAAAAUUCUCUUAUCAUUUUUCGAUUGGAGCAAUAUUUCUGAAAGAAAAUAUAAACUGUACACAAACCAUAAGACUAUUGCUCACAGGCACGAAAAAUAAAAAAAACACACAUCAUAGUAACUCGCUACGCUCGAAAUCUAAAAAAAUCGUAGAAAACUUAUUUUAAAUAAUAUAAAUUCAAAUAUUUCAUAUUCAUAGGACGAAGUUAUGCCAAAGAAUUUGAGAAAUAAAAGUCACGUAAAGGAAACGUUAAAAAUUGGCGAAAACACCGCACAACAUGAUAGUUUUCUGUCAAAAGUGGUCGAUUCCACAUUGAAAGAAUUAAAAAAAGUGUAUGAAGCAGCGAUUAAACCGUUGGAAUUGACUUUCAAGUACAGAGAUUUAAGUAACAGACAUUUUGGAGGUAACAUUAUAAUAUUAUAUAAUUAUUGUGUAUACUUUAGGCCUCUAUAUAAGAAUACCGGAUUUGUGUAUAAAACUAAAAACUUUAUACGCGAGUAAAUAAAUAAAAUUAAUUUAUACAAUUUAUUUGCGUGUUAACUACGUGUAGGUACUUAAUAUUAUUAUUAUUACUGUUAUUUAGAACCAGAAAUAUUUUCCAAGCCUCUUGUACUUUUUAUGGGACCUUGGAGUGGUGGCAAGUCUUCCAUAAUUAACUAUCUUCUGGACAUUGAACAUUCUCAAUUUGCAUUAAGAACUGGUGAGUAAUUUAUCAUGAGCUUAAUGCCGACGAAUAUUUUUAAAAGAUAAUUUAAUAAUUAGUUUGUUCGAAACGCUAAUCGAACUAGCGUUCAUAAUUGUGUAUAUAUAUAUAUUAUUGAAUGAGAUUUAUAAACCAAUAAAUUGUAAUAAGUACCUACUUUAUUGACAACAUUUAUCAUUUAUUACAAAAACCAAAACACUGAAAACCAAUCAUUUAUGCGAUUUCCUUUUUUUUUUUUUUUUUUUGGUCGUUAUAUAAUAUAUAAAGUAUUCAACGUAUUUCAAAUAAAACUUAAAUUUUAUGUUUAUUAUUUAUAAUUUAAAAAUCCACUCGUAUUGCGAAGAAAUUAAGAUUAAAUCGUUCGUUUUACACGCCAGUAACAUUUUAAAUUGAUUUAUCAUAACCAUGUAAAAAUGUAUAGGAGCUGAACCGUCUCCAGCUUAUUUCAACAUCAUGAUGUACAAUAACCGCGAAGCGAUUCUGGACGGAACUCAAUUAGCCGCCGACUGGACGUUUUCGGGCUUACAAAAGUUUGGACAAGGUCUGCUGGAUAAACUCCGCGGACUCAAAUUACCUCAUCCUUUAUUAGAAAAGGUAAAUAGUAAUUCACGUCGAUGUAUUCGGUACAAUAAUAUAUUGGGCGCGUUACAGGUGAACAUAGUGGAGAUCCCCGGGAUUCUGGAAAUGCGCAAGCACGUGGACCGCGUUUUUCCGUUCAACGAUGUGUGUCAGUGGUUCAUAGACAGAGCUGACGUGAUAUUCUUAGUGUACGACCCGGCUAAAUUGGACGUGGGCCCGGAAACCGAAGCGAUAUUGGACCAACUCAAAGGCAGAGAAUAUCAGGUAAGAUGAGAAUCCUUAUGAGGUGGUAAUAUUAUAUUUUGCAUUAUUUAUUAUAAUAUUUUUUUCCGUAGCUUAAACCAGUGGCGCCGCUUUUGAUUAUUGAUAUUGUAACCACUCCCCGAAAAUUAAGUUUUUUUUUUUUAUCCAUUUUAUGAUAACAGUGUUUUAUUGUUUCGCAACUAUAACAGAUCGUCCCCGUCCGUAAUUUAAAAUAAUUUCCCUCGCCAAUCACCAUUCGGGCGGGCAAUAAUUACCACAAUGUAAUCCCGGUCGCGCCACAAAUAUAUAAUUCGAACAAUAUAAACUCGCGCUCGUGUCUGUCGUAUUAUAAUUACAGACGAGAAUACUGUUGAACAAAGCGGACAAAAUUCGCGCCGAGGAAUUGAUGCGCAUACAGGGUACGCUUAUAUGGAACAUAAGUCCGCUCAUGUCAAGCGCGGAGCCUCCGACCAUCUACUCGGUUUCCCUGUGGUCGAACCCGUACGAAAUCGGAUCACCGGCCAGGCUGCUGCACUCGCAGGAAUUGUCGUUCCUGCGGGACAUCCGGUCUGCCAUUGACAGACGCGUCGAGAACAAAAUAGCCAGUGCUCGGCGAUUUGCGGUGCGUACAUUGAUUUCGUAUUUUAAAGUUAUGCGUUUAACGUACAAUUAUUAUAUAGUCUCGGCUCACGGUUUUCGACUUUUGCCGUUUUCGGUAUAAAUUGAAGUAAAAAUAUUACGGUUACAUCCGAUGGCUGAUUUAAGCAACGGAACAAAAUACUAUCGUACGGUUUUUUCUUCGUUUUUUUUUUUUUUUUAAAACAAAAAAAUGCAUAAAUAAAUAUAUUCAAUAUUUUUUAAAUAUUUAAAAGUAUAUAAAAAAUAACCAGGGGUAAAAUAUGUUGUUUUAAUUUUGUUACCUUGAGAAGGCCAAAUUUUGAAGUGAAAAAUAUUUUAACAAACGCAAAGUAAACUUUUAUAAUCAAUUUCGUUUUGGAACUUGCUAUAAUGAUUCAAACUUGUAACUCACCGAGUAAAAAAUUUCUGUGUUCUCUCAGAGAAUAGAUAUUGUAAAAAGAUAAGAUAUUGUAAAAAAACUCUCCCGGGGAACUGAUUGUCGUGUCUCAAAAGAAAAGUUUUUACAUUUUUCUCUCCUUUUUUUUUUUUUUUCCUGAGUGGCAAAUUUGAUGCCCUUAAAAUUUUGCUUGCUCGUGUAGGUUUACGCCCGACGCUCGUUUUACCAACGAAACAACAUUGUUCCGAUAAUAACGCUGACGCGUCCGAAUCGGUUUUCAGGUCAGGGUGAGGAACCACGCCAAAAUGGUCGACUGCUAUUUGACUACGUACUACAACCACAAGACGUUCUUCGGCAACAAGAAGACCGUCAGCGACGACAUCAUCGACAACCCGCAAAACUAUCACAUCUACGAGGGACUGAGCACGCUCACUAACAUAUCCAGAUACGACCUGCCCGAUCCCGACGUGUACCGGGACUUUUUCCGCCUGAACCCGGUGUACGAGUUCAAUCGGCUGUCGGAGACGUGCACGUACUUCCGGGGGUGUCCGAUCAACAAGCUCGACAUGGCCAUCGCGUACGAUCUGCCCGACCUGAUCGGCCAAUACAAAAGACAAGAAGAAGAGCUCGUGGUGAACGUGCCCUAAUUAAAAGCGGCUGCGCGCAGCACGCGUGCACUAGGUGCCGAGCGAUCGUCCCAUCGCAAUCCCAAAAACCGAUUAUUUAUUAUUCAGAUAUAUAAUAUUAUUAUUAUUAUUAUUAUUAUUAUUAUUAUUAUUGUUUUUUCUUCAUUUUCGAGUAGACUGUUUUUAUUAUAUUUAUUUUAUUUUCGUUUCGAUUUAUAUUAAAUUGUUAGAUAUCGUCGUGUAUAUGUACACGUGUCGUUUUCGUGUGCCGACCGCAAAGAAAUGUGUCGCUAUGCAUAAUAUAAUAUUAUGGUAGUUCUAAAAAGACGGCAAAUACAUAUUAGAAAGAAGAUAAAAAAAAUAAAAAAAAAAAAAUGUGAUAACGAUAAAUCAAAUCUGCGGCUCUAUGAUAUGUGGGUACACAACGGUCGGUGGCGCGCACAAACGCAACGCGCCGCAUUAUACUUAAUAUAUUUUUAUGGAAAUAUGUUGCGGAAUUUUUUUUUUUUUUUUAACGACCGUCCGUUAUUACUUUUCAUUAAUUAUUCGCGGGCACCGGGCGGUUAAGUUUAACAUUUCGGGGUCAAUGACGUAUUUUAAAGGUGCUAUUUUUAAGCCGGGGAUGUGCGGAUAGGCACAACAGAACGAGACGUGUAGUAGUGCACUUACACGCACGUUUCUCAAAAAAAAAAAAGUUACACAUUGGCAACGUUACCAUCACUCUGGGUAUAUAGUAUAUACAUAUAAUACACAAUUUUAUUAUAUAUGUAUAUAUACUCGUCUAUUAUGAAAAUGUUAAAUGUCGAUUAACGUAUUUGCGAACCGUUAACAAUAUUUACUGAAAAAAAAAAAAUGAAUAAUACUACAUGCACUUGUAACGAAUAUAAUCUUUUACGGUUUAAGAAAAUAUUGAAUAAUAUUAGAAAAUGUUUAACGCAAUUUUUAUUUAUUUAUUUUUUUUCACUAUUUAGAAACUACCUCUAAUAAUAUAUAAAAUAUAGUAUGGUAUCGACAUUUUUUUUUUUUCAAACCAAACUGCUGCUGCCUGUACCGUGUAUAACAUAAUUUAAUCAAAUAUUAUACGCACAUUAUUAUAAAAUAAUUAUUAUGUAUUACAAUUGAACCAUUGCAAUACUUACACCCAAAAGGCCCGUGUUAUUAUAAUUAUUUACACUUGUUGAAACGAAAAUUGCCAAAAAAAAAUGUACCAACCCUAUGCUUGAGUGACUGCACUAUUAUAAUAAAAAUUAAUACGAGUUACGACAGAUUAUUCG